AUGGCAGCUAGCCCGGAUGGGAAGCAAUCAUCUGUGCUGGUCCAACAAAGCACGUUACCAGGUGAGGAAGCGGAUGCUGUCCACAAUCACGACGUAGAAGAAGAAGAAGAAGAAGAAGAAGAUUGCGAGGAUGAAGUCUCCGAAGGCGAUGCAUCUUCCGAGUGUUUUUCUCAAGUCGACUUCCCCUACACACGCGACGAGCUCGCAGUUUUCGUAUCGGACUUCUACAUCUUUCUCUCCCGUCUGUGCCUUCCUGCGGAUGCUUUGAAGCUUCCUCCGCCCGGUGGCUGGCCGAACAUAACACCCGAGGCCACCAGUUGUCUCGAGAAGACGCCGUUCGUGGUCGACUUGCUCAAACACCUGCCCUACAUCACCGAUGAUGGCCGGUCUCACUACAACCGGAUUCACUACAAGUGCUACGUGGUGGACUACUCGGUAUGCUCCGCCUCGGACUUCGCUGAGCACGCCUCCAACUUCGAGUGGCAGGAGGAAAUGUUCGGUUUGGCGCCCGAGGCCGUCGAGCACUCCAUCCUGCUGGCGGACGGCUACGAGAGCGGCGGGCGCAUGAUGCUGCUCAACACCAAGACGGGCGAGCUGCACGUCGAGAUGAUCCGGUAUGACACCGAUGCCGUCGAAGACGUGGGGUCAUACCUCGGCGCGUUGAAGCGCAGGUACGAGACCCUGGACAUGGUGCCGAUUCCGGGAGAGGAGCAUUUCGACGAGAACGUGGAGGAGGAAGAGGAGGGGUAUGAGACCAUAUUGGAGGAUCAGGUCAUGGCGCAGGAAAAGGAGGAGUAUUUCACUCCGUCGAAGUUGGAUCAGAGAUGGGUCCGGCAUCUGUAUCGUAGUUUUGGGUGGCCGCAAGCUGCAUACAGAAAGGAUGAGGCGUUGGCGGCGGUGGAGGCGUUCAGAAGAAGUCGGAGAAGCGUUGAUGAUGAGUUGUAA